GACGCAGACCGCCCCCAACGCGCGCUGGGCUCCGUCGUCGCCGCCCACGUUCAAACGCGUUGCCGCUGCCCACGUUAAUCUCACCGCCCCCUGAUCCCGAGAGAGACUCCAAUCCAAUCCAGCAGCCCAGUCAGUCGCCAUCGGGAACUCCUGGCCAAUCGCCACCGGCCCCUCGUCGCCGUUGACCCCACGUCGCCGUCGCGGCGACCUGGCCGCGGCCGCGAACACCGCCUCCCGCCGCCACCCGCGUCGCGUCGAAGUGGGGGAGCGAACAAGGGUAGGAGGAGGAUGGUGAGGCUGCCUUACCUGACGGCGCUCACCACGCUCGUCAGCUACGGCCUACUCUUCGCCUUCGGCCACUUCCGCGAUUUCUUCCGCAGGAUCCUCGACGCCGGCAAAUCCAGCGACAACCUCAAGGGUUACGCGCCCAUCUGCCUGGGGUACGAGGAUUUCUACACGCGCCGCCUCUAUCUCCGAAUCCAGGAUUGUUUUGGCCGACCGAUCGCUAGUGCACCAGAUGCUUGGGUCGAUGUAGUUGAGCGUGUCUCAAAUGACUGUAACAAGACACUCCAACGUACCACAAAAACAUCCAAGUGCCUUAACUUGGGUUCCUACAACUACCUUGGUUUCGCUGCCGCAGAUGAGUACUGCACUCCUCGUGUUAUCGAGUCACUCAAGAAAUACUCUGCCAGCACUUGCAGUGCCCGAGUUGACGGAGGAAAUACUAAGCUGCACACAGAACUCGAGGAGCUGGUUGCACGAUUUGUUGGCAAGCCUGCAGCUAUUCUUUUUGGCAUGGGUUAUGUGACGAACUCUGCGAUCAUUCCUGUUUUGAUUGGGAAGGGUGGGCUGAUAGUCAGUGAUUCAUUGAACCAUAUUUCUAUAGUGAAUGGAGCUAGAGGAUCAGGGGCUACUGUCCGGGUUUUUCAACAUAACAACCCUGCACAUUUGGAAGACGUAUUGAGAGAGCAGAUUGCAGGGGGUCAGCCUCGUACACACAGGCCAUGGAAGAAGAUAAUUGUGAUUGUUGAGGGAAUUUAUAGCAUGGAAGGGGAGCUAUGCAACCUCCCUGAGAUUAUGGCAGUCUGCAAAAAGUACAAGGCUUACACUUAUCUAGAUGAGGCACACAGUAUUGGUGCUGUUGGAAAGACGGGCAGAGGUGUAUGUGAACUACUAGGAGUGGAUCCAGCUGAUGUUGAUAUUAUGAUGGGAACAUUUACUAAAUCCUUUGGAUCGUGUGGAGGUUACAUUGCAGCAUCAAAAGAGAUCAUUCAGCAUCUCAAACACCAAUGCCCAGCCCAUAUUUAUGCAACAUCCAUGUCACCUCCGGCAGUCCAGCAGGUCAUCUCUGCAAUCAAGGUUGUCCUUGGGGAAGAUGGAUCUAACAGAGGGGCCAAGAAACUUGCUCAGAUUCGGGAGAACAGCAAUUUUUUCCGUUCAGAGCUUCAGAAAAUGGGUUUUGAGGUUCUGGGAGAUAAUGACUCACCGGUUAUGCCUAUCAUGCUUUACAAUCCUGCUAAAAUUCCUGCAUUCUCAAGGGAGUGCCUGAGGCAAAAUGUUGCCGUUGUUACUGUUGCAUUUCCUGCUACGCCACUACUACUUGCCAGAGCUAGGAUAUGCAUCUCAGCUUCCCAAUCGAGGGAGGAUCUUAUUAAAGGACUGGAGGUUAUCAGCAAAGUUGGUGAUCUUGUGGGAAUCAAGUACUUUCCAGUUGAGCAAGAGAAGACAUCUGCUGAUAAACUUAAGAAGCUUCAGUGAACAGUGUCAACGGGCAGGUGGAAGCAAUCUGCUGCUGUUAUGCUAGACUUACUGGGUCGUCUUGGUUGUGCGCCAUGCUUCGGUUUGGCUCUUUGUUGCACCUCAGGACCCUUAAUUUUCCUUCUGUUUCUGAGGCAAUUUCGAUCUUGUACAGCUUGUAUUAUCAGCGAUCAUAGUUCGAAACAUGUAGAUACUAAUUCACUUAUAUACACACUGUUUUGUUGGAUUCGGGGAAAAGAAAACUGUUACAAUCCUGAAACCUUGUAAGUGACUGAAAUCAUAGAUACUAAUUCCCUUAUUAUUAUUAAUGUCCUUUCAAGACA